UCUAUGGACGUCACUGGCAGCAGCUCUAUGGGUGCAGCUACCGCAGCAUGAUGCAGUCUGGGCAGGACAGGGUGGCAGCAGGGGGAUCCUGGGCUGCAGAGCUUGCAAUCGCAGUCACUGGAGCAGCAGAAAAGCUUUGAUAUCCCUGCAAACAGGCUCCCUGCGUCUUCUGGAGGAGGUGCAUACACACGAAGCCUAUCUGCCUGCCAGCCCCCAGGAUUUAGGCAGACACAAGAGGCUGCAGGAGCCAUUCUGAGCAAUGUGGAUGUAGACCGAGAGCUGCCUACAUGGAACAAAAGGUGCCUGGGAAGAGCUCACCCCCUGCACACCCUGCCAUGCCAGCCUCAUCACCAUCAUCAGCCACAGAGAGUCUGCAGUGAAGGAAGGAAGCAUCAUCAUCAUCCUCACAGGGUGAAGGAGGAGCACCCUGGAAGAAGCAUCUCAUGCCUCUCUAAUGAGGGCUCUUACCUAGCAGGAAGAGGUGAAACCCAUCUGCGGACUUCAUUUCCUUUGCUGACCUCUAGUUUGGUGUCAGUCACCUCCUCCUAUAUCUGUACCUGCUUGGAGGAGGUGCAGCAAGACCUAGAGAAGACAUGGCCAGCCAGCAGGACUCGGGGUUUUUUGAGAUCAGCAUCAAGUAUUUGCUGAAAUCCUGGAGUAAUACUUCUCCAGUGGGUAACGGAUAUAUAAAACCACAAGUACAACCAGUAUCCAGCACACAAAGAGACAAAGGACCCCCAACCAUGCUGCCCAUCAACAUAGACCCGGAGAGUAAACCUGGGGAAUAUAUUCUCAAGAGUUUAUUUGCAAAUUUCACCACACAAGCGGAGCGCAAGAUCCGGAUAAUAAUGGCCGAACCCCUGGAAAAACCCUUAACAAAAUCCCUUCAAAGAGGAGAGGACCCCCUAUUUGACCAAGUAAUAAGCUCAAUGAGCUCAUUGUCCGACUAUUGCUUGCCCUCCAUACUGCGCACCUUGUUCGACUGGUACAAACGUCAGAAUGGGAUUGAAGACGAGUCGCAUGAGUACAGGCCAAGGACAAACACCAAAUCCAAAUGUGACGAACAGCAGAAAGAUUACUUGAUGGAGAGGCGGGAUCUGGCAAUUGAUUUCAUUUUCUCAUUAGUCCUUAUAGAAGUCCUCAAGCAGAUUCCAUUGCAUCCAGUAAUUGACAGCUUGGUUCAUGAAGUCAUAACCUUGGCUUUCAAGCACUUUAAAUACAAAGAAGGGUAUCUAGGUCCAAACACUGGUAAUAUGCACAUUGUGGCCGAUCUAUACGCUGAAGUAGUUGGUGUAUUAGCACAGUCAAAGUUUCCUUCCGUGAAGAAGAAAUUUAUGGCUGAGUUAAAAGAGCUGAGGCACAAAGAGCAGAACCCGUAUGUGGUUCAAAGCAUCAUCAGUCUUAUAAUGGGAAUGAAAUUCUUCCGCAUUAAGAUGUAUCCAGUGGAAGACUUUGAAGCCUCUUUACAGUUCAUGCAGGAAUGUGCACAUUAUUUCCUAGAAGUAAAAGACAAGGACAUUAAGCAUGCUCUGGCUGGCCUGUUUGUGGAGAUCCUGGUACCUGUUGCUGCCGCCGUAAAAAAUGAAGUAAAUGUCCCUUGUCUUAGAAACUUUGUGGAAAGUCUUUAUGACACAACACUUGAGCUAACUUCCAGGAAGAAGCAUUCACUGGCGUUGUACCCUCUGGUGACGUGUCUGCUUUGUGUCAGCCAGAAACAAUUCUUCUUAAACCGGUGGCAUAUCUUUCUCAACAACUGCUUAUCUAACCUGAAGAAUAAAGAUCCUAAAAUGGCACGAGUCGCACUGGAAUCCUUGUACAGACUACUAUGGGUGUAUAUGAUCCGAAUCAAAUGUGAAAGCAACACGGCAACACAAAGCCGUCUCACAACCAUCAUUGGGACACUUUUCCCUAAGGGUUCUCGAGGGGUGGUCCCCCGAGACAUGCCCCUCAACAUCUUUGUCAAGAUCAUACAGUUCAUUGCACAGGAACGUCUAGAUUUUGCAAUGAAAGAAAUUAUUUUUGACCUUUUGUGUGUUGGAAAAGCAGCAAAAGCUUUCAGCCUCAACCCUGAGAGAAUGAAUAUUGGCUUAAGGGCUUUCUUGGUGAUUGCGGAUAGUUUACAGCAAAAGGACGGGGAGCCGCCAAUGCCGGUGACGGGGGCUAUUCACCCUUCGGGUAACACCCUACGUGUGAAGAAAACUUACCUGAGUAAAACACUCACAGAGGAGGAGGCAAAAAUGAUUGGCAUGUCCCUUUAUUACGCUCAAGUACGGAAAGCAGUAGACAACAUUCUGCGGCAUCUCGAUAAAGAAGUAGGAAGAUGCAUGAUGAUGACGAAUGUACAGAUGUUGAACAAGGAGCCUGAAGAUAUGAUCACUGGAGAACGAAAGCCAAAGAUUGACCUCUUCAGAACAUGCGUAGCAGCUAUUCCUCGCCUACUUCCUGAUGGAAUGUCAAAACUCGAGUUAAUUGACUUGCUUUCCAGACUGUCUAUCCACAUGGAUGAUGAACUGCGGCACAUUGCACAGAACUCUCUCCAGGGUCUUCUUGUUGACUUUGUGGAUUGGAGGGAGGAUGUUUUAUUCGGAUUCAUAAAUUUUCUGUUACGUGAAGUGAAUGAUACCCACCAGACACUCCUUGACACCUCUCUCAAGAUGUUGUUGCAGUUGCUCACCCAGUGGAAGCUGGUGAUACAGACCCCUGGGAAAUCGCACGAGCAGGUGAAAAUCAGGACAUCAGAGCUAAUUCCUAAUGGCUCCAGUCACAGGAUACAGUCUGAACGGGGACCUUACUCCAAUGUAUUGCAUGCGGUGGAAGGAUUUGCACUAUUGUUACUUUGCAGUUUUCAGCUGGCUACUCGGAAAAUGGCUGUGUUAAUUCUCAAAGAAGUCCGAGCACUAUUUACUGCACUGGGGCAAGCUGAGGAAGAUGACAAGCCAAUGAUUGAUGUACUGGAUCAGCUCGGUCCUUCUAUACUUGAAAGCUUUCUACAUGUUGCAGUGUCCGAUUCUGCCGCCGUGCCAUUUUCUCACAAUGUGGACCUGCAGUGGCUGGUGGAGUGGAAUGCUGUCCUUGUCAAUAGCCAUUACGACGUAAAAAGCCCUUCUCAUGUGUGGAUAUUUGCACAGUCUGUAAAAGACCCAUGGGUUCUCUGCCUCUUCACAUUUCUUAGGCAAGAAAACCUCCCAAAACAUUGUCCUACAGCCCUCAGCUAUGCGUGGCCCUAUGCCUUCACAAGACUGCAACUGAUUAUGCCAUUGGUGGACCCUAAUAGUCCAAUUAAUGCAAAGAAGACCAGUACAGCCAGCAGUGGGGAUAAUUAUAUUACACUAUGGAGGAACUAUCUCAUUCUUUGCUUUGGAGUGGCGCGACCAAGUAUUAUGAGUCCUGGUCACUUGCGCGCAUCUACCCCCGAGAUCAUGGCAACAACUCCUGAUGGCUCAGUCAGCUACGAUAACAAGAUUAUUGGAACGCCUUCAGUUAGUGUCCUCCUCAAACAACUAGUUCCUUUGAUGAGACUGGAGAGUAUAGAAAUCACAGAGUCCCUUGUGCUGGGUUUUGGGAGAACAAACGCAUUGAUCUUCAGGGAGUUGGUAGAAGAACUUCACCCACUAAUGAAAGAAGCCUUGGAACGAAGACCGGAGAACAAGAAACGUAGAGAGCGGCGAGACCUACUGAGGUUGCAGCUUUUAAGGAUAUUUGAGUUAUUGGCUGAUGCUGGCGUUAUAAGUGACAACACUAAUGGUGCCUUAGAAAGAGACACCUUAGCUCUUGGGGCAUUGUUCUUGGAGUACGUGGACCUUACACGGAUGCUUCUGGAAGCUGAAAACGAUAAGGAAGUUGAAAUUCUUAAAGACAUUAGAGCUCACUUCAGUGCCAUGAUAGCCAAUCUGAUCCAGUGUGUGCCAGUUCACCACCGGAGAUUUUUGUUCCCGCAGCAAAGUUUGCGGCACCAUCUCUUUAUCCUGUUCAGCCAGUGGGCUGGGCCCUUCAGCAUCAUGUUCACCCCUCUGGACCGCUACAGUGACCGAAAUCAUCAGAUCACAAGAUACCAAUACUCUGCGCUAAAGGCCAUGUCCGCUGUUCUUUGCUGUGGUCCAGUUUUCGAUAAUGUGGGCUUGUCCCCAGACGGAUAUCUUUACAAAUGGUUGGACAACAUCUUGGCUUGCCAGGACAUGAGGGUUCACCAGCUUGGCUGUGAAGUGGUCGUGUUGUUGCUGGAACUUAACCCUGACCAAAUUAAUCUUUUCAACUGGGCCAUUGAUCGCUGCUACACUGGAUCCUACCAGCUCGCUUCUGGGUGUUUUAAAGCUAUCGCCACUGUUUGUGGAAACAGGAAUUAUCCUUUUGACAUUGUCAGUUUACUGAACUUGGUUCUGUUCAAGGCGUCUGAUACAAACCGUGAGAUCUAUGAAAUAUCGGUGCAGCUAAUGCAGGUUCUUGAGGGAAAGCUGUUUGUAUACUCUAAGAAAGUUGCAGAGCAGAAGCCUGGAAGUAUCCUGUAUGGGACACAUGGGGUUUUGCCACCCUUAUAUAGUGUUUCAUUAAUCCGGUUAUCCAACGAGCUGGCACGGAUGUAUCCUGAGCUCACUCUGCCCUUGUUUUCAGAAGUGAGCCAGCGAUUCCCAACUACUCAUCCUAAUGGACGCCAGAUCAUGCUCACCUACCUACUGCCAUGGCUACAUAACAUCGAGCUGGUGGACAGUAGACUACUUCUUCCGGACUCCAGCCCCAGUACCCCAGAGGAAGAAAUCACUGAUAGAGAUGGAGAACCAAUUAGCACCUCUGGGCUCAAAGGAAAUGGAUGGGGAUCUCCAGAGGCCACCUCCCUGGUUCUUAAUAAUCUCAUGUACAUGACGGCAAAGUACGGGGACGAGGUGCCAGGCCAGGAGGUGGAAAAUGCUUGGAACGCCUUGGCCAAUAAUGAGAAGUGGAGCAACAACCUCCGUAUAACGUUACAGUUCUUGAUCAGUCUAUGUGGGGUCAGCAGUGAUACCACUCUACUGCCUUAUAUCAAAAAAGUGGCAAUCUACUUGUGCAGAAAUAACACCAUCCAGACGAUGGAAGAGCUUCUCUUUGAGCUUCAGCAGACUGAUCCUGUGAAUCCCAUAGUUCAACAUUGUGAUAACCCUCCCUUCUAUCGCUUCACCGCCAGCAACAAGACCUCCGCUGUUCCCUCUGGCACAACCUCCAGCAGUAAUACCGUUGUUGCUGGACAAGAUGGAUUCCCUGAUCUGGAAGACAGCAGGAUGGCUAAAGAAUCCGAUGACAGGUUUGGGAACGUCAUCAGAGCUCAUACCAGGCUGGAGUCCAGAUACAGCAACAGCUCUGGAGGAUCCUAUGAUGAUGAUAAAAAUGACCCGGUGUCUCCUUAUAUCAGCUGGAUGUUAAAUAUAGUAGAGAGUAACCAGCCCCAGCCUCUGCCCAUGCCCUGCAACGGAGGAUGCUGGGCACCACUGGUAGACUAUCUCCCUGAGACUAUUACCCCACGUGGACCUCUGCAUAGGUGUAAUAUUGCUGUGAUAUUCAUGGCAGAAAUGGUGGUGGAUCACAGUGUGAGGGAAGACUGGGCCCUUCACCUUCCUCUUCUGCUCCAUGCUCUCUUCUUAGGUCUGGACCAUUACCGUCCUGAGGUCUUUGAACACAGCAGAAAACUCCUUCUUCACCUUUUAAUUGCACUAUCCUGUAAUAGCAAUUUCUCCAGCAUUGCAUCUGUUCUUCUACAUGCUCGAGAGAUUAAUGAAGCCAAAACAUUGACUGUGCAAUCCUCCUGCCACUCCGAAUACCCAUACACAGGAGGCUUUGACUUUCUCCGGGAGUACCAGUCUUCUCCAGUGCCAGACUCUGGCCUCAGUUCCAGUUCUACCUCCUCCAGUAUCAGUCUUGGAGGAAGCAGUGGGAACAUCCCCCAGAUCAGCCAGGAGAUUGAGGAUGUUGACACGUCCGCUGACACGGAUGAAAAAGCCAACAAGUUAGUUGAGUUUCUGACCACCAGAGCUUUUGGGCCACUCUGGUGUCAUGAAGAUAUCACACCCAAAAACCAGAAUUCCCGGAGUGCAGAUCAGCUCACCAACUUCCUACGACAUGUAGUGUCUGUAUUUAAAGACUCAAAGUCAGGCAUCCACUUGGAGCAGCACCUAAGUGAGGUGGCACUACAGACUGCUCUUGCCAGCUCUUCCAGACACUAUGCUGGUCGCUCUUUCCAGAUUCUGCGAGCCCUGAGGCAGCCGCUUUCAGCCCAUGCAUUAUCCGACCUUCUUUCUAGGUUGGUAGAGGUAAUAGGAGAGUACGGCGAUGAAAUCCAGGGCUAUGUUAUGGAGGUCCUCCUUACUCUGGAAGCUGCCGUUGAUAACUUGGCUGACUGCUUUAAGAACAGUGAUCUGCUAGCGGUGCUGUCCAGGUCAUCUUCUCCUGACCUGAUUUCCAAUACAAAGUUGACAGCCAACAGGAAAAGCACUGGUCAGCUGAACGUUAGUUCCGGGAUGGUGGGUGGAAGCACGGCCACUGCUGAACGUAGCCGACACCAGAGAAGUUUUUCUGUACCAAAAAAGUUUGGUGUGGUGGACAAGUCAUCGGAUCCUCCUCGCAGUGCCACUCUGGACAGGAUUCAAGCUUGUACUCAACAGGGAUUCUCUCCAAAAACUAGGAGUUCAUCCUCCCUGAAAGACAGUCUGACCGAUCCCUCUCACAUCAACAAUCCUACUAACCUGCUGGCCACCAUAUUCUGGGUGGCCAUAGCCCUAAUGGAAUCAGACUUUGAAUUUGAGUACUUGAUGGCACUGAGGCUACUGAACAAACUUUUGGCUCAUUUGCCCUUGGACAAGUCUGAAAACAGAGAAAAGCUGGAGAAGCUACAAGGACAGCUGAAGUGGUCGGACUUCUCUGGGCUGCAGCAGCUUCUUCUUAAAGGGUUCACAUCUCUUACCACAACAGACUUGACGCUUCAGCUCUUCAGUAUGCUUACUCCUGUUUCUCGUGUCUCCAUGGUCGAUUGUACACAGGUCAUAGGUUUUCCUUUGAAUAUUUUGUGUCUGCUCCCUCAUUUAAUCCAGCAUUUUGAAAGCCCGAACAGCUUCUGUAAGGAAGCGGCAGAGAGAAUUGCGCAGGUUUGCCUAGAAGAAAAGAAUUCCAAGCUCUCCAACCUGGCGCACGUCAUGACCCUGUACAAAACACAUAGCUACACCAGAGACUGCUCCACCUGGGUGAACGUGGUCUGCAGAUACCUCCAUGAAGCUUUUACAGACAUCACGAUCAACAUGGUGACUUACCUAGCGGAGUUACUAGAAAAAGGCCUUCCCAGCAUGCAGCAGUCCCUUCUGCAGAUUAUCUACAGUCUUCUCAGCCACAUGGAUAUGUCGUUGAUUCCUGGGAAACAAUUCAACAUAGAAGUGCUGAAGACAAUUGAAAAAUACGUUCAGAGUAUUCACUGGAAGGAAGCUCUGAAUAUCUUGAAAUUGGUUGUCUCAAGAUCUGCCAGCCUGGUGUUACCAGCUUAUCAACAUGGAGAUCUGACUAAGCUUGAAAUCAGUCGACUGUGGACAAGCUCUUCUAAGGAACUUCCCGGGAAGACCCUUGACUUCCACUUUGAUGUCUCUCAGACUCCAAUUAUAGGCAGAAGGUUUGACGACCUUCAAAGUUCUACUGGGCGAGACGGUAAAUCUAGGGCCAUGCCGGUUACACGGAGCACAUCCUCCACCUCAUCUGGAUCCAAUUCCAAUGCCUUAGUCCCUGUUUGCUGGAAACGACCUCAGUCUUCUCAGAAGAAAACCCGAGAGAAGCUAGUGAACGUUCUCACUCUUUGUGGUCAAGAAGUUGGGCUCAGCAAAAACCCUUCUGUGAUUUUUUCAUCAUGUGGUGAAUUGGACUUGAUCGAUCACCAGACUAGCCUGGUGUCAUCAGAGGAUACCAUAAGGGAACAGGAGAUCAUGGAUGAUACCAACAGCGAACAGCAGUUCCGGGUCUUCAGAGACUUUGACUUCCUGGAUGUAGAGCUUGAGGAUGGAGAGGAGCUCCAGGGAGAAAGCAUGGAUAAUUUCAACUGGGGAGUUCGCAGACGUUCUCUCGACAGCCUGGAUAAGUGCGAUAUGCAGCUCUUGGAGGAAAGCCAACUCUCCGGAAGCACACACAGCCUGAGCAAACUGAACCAGGACGAUUCAGAUGAAUCCUCAGAAGAAGACCUCACCACAAGUCAAAUCCUGGAAUCCUCUGACUUGAUCAUAAACCUUUCUCCUUCAGAAGAGACAAAUCACAUGGAGUCUCCUUCCACAUCAUGCGACACCGCCUCUGCUGAUCCCCAUUCCCUUAACACAAGAACCUCUAGUUUUGAUGCGUCUUUGCCUGAAAUCACUAAUCCACUCUUAUCUGAGGAUCCUAAGGUGGACACUGCCCUUGAUGAAGAUGAUGCAACUGUACAAGAAGAUGACUUAUCGGGGUCAAUGAGUGAAAUGCCAGUGGUGUUUGAAUGUAAUGAUAGCUUUAUCCUUGAGAUGGCUGAGGAGGAGAAAGAUGAUCGGAUGAUGGAGCAGUAUGCACUGACCCACUUUGGAGAUGGAGACCAAAUAACGCCGCCUCCUCCUUCACCUUUCUUCUCCGCCAUCUUGGCUGCAUUCCAACCAACAGCCUGCGAUGAUGCAGAGGAAGCAUGGCGGAGUCAUAUCAAUCAACUCAUGUCUGAUUCUGAUGGGUCCUGUGCGGUUUAUACGUUUCAUGUGUUCUCCUCCUUGUUCAAGAGUAUCCAGAAGAGGUUCUGCUUCCUGACAUGCGAUGCUGCCUGUUAUCUCGGAGAUAGUCUUCGUGGGAUCGGGUCUAAGUUUGUGAGCACCUCACAGCUACUGACAAUGUGCUCUGAGUGUCCGACUCUCUUUGUGGAUGCAGAGACUCUGUUAUCCUGUGGACUCCUUGAGAAGUUAAAGUUCAGUGUUUUAGAGCUGCAGGAAUAUCUGGACACGUACAACAAUAGGAGAGAGGCUACAGUAUCUUGGCUAAAAAACUGUAAAUCCACCUUCGCUGGGGGCUCAAAAGACGGAGUCAUCACAUGUCAACCAGGAGAUUCGGAAGAAAAACAAAUGGAAUCUCUUGCACAAUUGGAACUCUGUCAGAGAUUGUAUAAGCUUCACUUCCAACUGCUAUUGCUUUUUCAGUCUUAUUGUAAACUAAUUGGACAAGUCCACGAAGUCAGCUCCAUGCCAGAGUUAAUUAACAUGUCAAGAGAACUGAAUGAGCUGAAGAAGAACUUAAAGGAGGCCAGUUUAUAUAUUGCAGCAGAGUCCCUUAAUAUGGAUGCUGCGCCGUACGAGCCACCCUUCAGUUCCACAGAGUUCGCCAUACAGUCCAUGCUGGAGUGCUUGAAGAACAAUGAGCUUGGGAAGGCAAUACGUCAGAUCCGCCACUGCAGGAAACUAUGGCCUAAUGACAUCUUCGGGAGCAGUGCUGACGAUGAAGUGCAAACACUACUGAACAUUUACUUCCGACACCAGACACUUGGACAGACAGGCACGUACGCCCUUGUAGGCUCUAAUCAGAACUUAACGGACAUCUGCACCAAACUCAUGGACCUCAACAUGGAGAUCAGAGACAUGAUCCGCCGCGCCCAGAACUACCGCGUCGUCUCAACUUACCUCCCUGACGCCAACAUUUCAGGCACUAGUCUCUGACAAGAAGCCAGCGUCUAUCUUCGCUCCUCAGCUGGAAGUGCUGUCCUGUUGGACUGAGGUCACUCAGUAUCUACUCAAUAUUGGGAAGACUCCUUCACACUGUUACCAUUCCUUCUAACCCCAGGCCUCGUCUCUCAAGCAAAGCAGACAAAUGACAGCACCUGCAGCAAUGGUGUAUAGAAGUGUCGAGCGAUGGCGCAAGAGCCCGCGUUCGAUCUUUGCCCCAUGGCCAACCGCUGUUUUGCUUUAUCUCGAUACGAAAGAAGUGACUUCCAUUGUGUACCAAAGCCUAUUAUACCGACUCAUACUUCCUUUCUAUAAACCUUAGGAUGGCAAAAGUGCAAUGUUUCACAAAAUAAUAUAUAUAGAUAUAUAUAGUCUAUUUUUUGUUGCUCUUAAUAUACUUUUCAGAUACUUUUUAAUUUGUCAAUGAACAGUCAACAGGCAGAAUGAGGCUGGCCGUAGAAAAAUCUGUGAUAUGAUUGGUCAAUAGCUGAGAGCCUGUAGAUAUGAAGGCGGAUUGUGAGCAGACUACGAUGAUGUUGUACACUGUAAUUUGGAGGAUUACUGUAUUUCACGCUGCUAUGACAGACAUUUCCUAGAAUGGCUAGGUUGCUGCGAUAAUUGUACUUGAUCAUAGUCAAGAACUGUUCCCGAUCAUCCCGAUUGAUUUAGGUCGCAUUAACUUUUUAAGGAUUCGCUUUUCGAACUAUUUAUACAAUGAAAAAGAAGGCUGAUAUGACUUGACUACCAUACCGAAAGUGGAAGUUUAAAGAACGAAGACAUCUUUUUCAUCUGUCACGCAUGCAUCUUUUAUUUAAUGUAUAUUUGGAGAAUUUUAAUUGUUGCAAUGAAGAGUUCUAGGUUCUUUUUUUUAUGUUGGAUAAAGCUUUUUUUGAUUUAUUAUAUGCAUAUUAUAUAUAAUAUAUAUAUAUAUAUAUAUAUAUAUAUAUAUAUAUAUAUAUAUAUAUAUAUAUAUAUAUGUAUGGCAUUCUCCUCCUUGGGAAUUUCUGCUGUCGAGUGUGAAUUGAAUCGCAUGAAAUUCUUUUGCACAUCCGAGUCAUUUCCAUUCACGCCUAAUCUGUGUAACUUAUUCACUCUGUACAUAAUACUGACAAGUUUUGUGAAGUAAUUAAGAUUAUUUUUGUCGAGUACAUUCACUGAAAUAUAUGAUAAAGUUGUUCAGUCACUAAA